CGUGCUGUUGAACCGACGGCGGUUCGCAGUACGCCGUUCGAGUGUCGGCGUGCUGUUGUGGUCGAUAGAUAGCCGGCGAGCGUGGCCGCCGCGGCCAGGGAGGUCACCGGAGCUGUCUGACGACGCGACGGCAGUUCGUGGGCCGUGCGUCGGCCAGCGGCCGGCCCGAGCCCCGUGAAAUGAGAGAUGAGACGACUCGGCCUCCUGGCGAUGACCUCAGACCGGCCCGUUGGUCUCCCUGCGCUGCUGUCGCUGCUGCCAGUGCUGGCGCUGCUGGCGGUGACGCCGGCCGCGGCCAGCCCGACCACGCCGCGAGCCAUGUUGGUAGCGUCGGCUGAGUUGGCCAACACCACCACCACCGUCGCCCCCGUAACGCCCCAGUCGACCGAGGCGCCGGUGGGCGGGUACGUGCGCACCCGCGACGGCCGGCGCGUGGCCGCCGUCCGCCGGAGCGACCUGCUGCGCUUCCGCCGCCUGCUGCAGGUGCAGCUGACAUUGGAGCCAGCAGUGGAGUGA